CACUGUGUGUGUGUUCACUAAUCACUAUCACAUAGUUGAACCACCAUGAAAACAGGGUGACAAACACAACCUAAGACAGGAGGUGAAGUGUGUUAGGCACCAUGUGUAAAUGGUAAUGAUGACAUGAAUGAUAAACAGCCACCAGUAAGGUGUACAGAUAGAGAGGUGCUCUGCUCCGGUGUGUCUUUCUGUCCAGUGCUGUGUGUAGAUCGAGAUGAGUGCGUGGACACAGCGUGAUCCCAGCGAUUGAUGAUUACCCUGGAAGUGUGUGUGUGAUCAGUUCAUGUUGUUGGAGCUGGUGUCAAGACUCUGAACCCGUCAUGGAGUCGGGAAAGCAGCUGACAGGCACUCUAACCCUAGCAGUGUUUUCAGCAGUCUUGGGUUCUCUACAGUUCGGAUACAGCCUGGGAGUCAUCAAUGCGCCACAGAAGGUGAUAGAGCAGCAUUAUGGGAGGUCCCUGGGGGUGCUCCCUGAGGAGCCUCUCCUCCUAUCAGAGAACAGUACAGAGACGCAGGAAGUGCAUCCCUCUGUGGUCAUGUAUUGGUCUCUGUCUGUGUCGAUCUUCUCCAUUGGGGGAAUGGUGUCGUCCUUCCUGGUGGGCUUUAUUGGAGACCUGAGAGGAAGGGUGAAGGGCAUGUUGAUGGUGAAUGUGUUAGCAGUAAUAGCAGGUCUACUGAUGGUGAUGGCUAAGAUGUGGAAACCUCACGUCAUGGUCAUCGCUGGACGAUGUGUCAUGGGAUUCUACUGUGGUCUGUCCUCAGGGCUAGUUCCUAUGUAUAUAGGGGAGAUCGCUCCCAUGGCCUACAGAGGAGCUCUGGGAACCUUACAUCAACUGGCUACUGUUACUGGUAUACUACUGAGUCAGGUGCUAGGUCUAGAGUUCCUCCUGGGUAAUGACUACUACUGGCCGCUGCUGCUGGGUCUGUCUGGAGCUCCUGCUGUGUUACAGUCUCUACUGCUGCCACUGUGUCCUGAAAGUCCCAGAUACCUCUACAUCAAGAGAGGCAUGGUGGAGGAGGCCAAGAAGAGUCUGCAUCGUCUGAAGGGAGAGUAUGACCCAUCAGCUGACCUGGAGGAGAUGAGGAGGGAGAAGGAGGAGGUGGAGAAGGAGGCGCAAGUCUCUAUCGCUGUACUGGUGCGAUCAUCUCUCUACAGGCAGCAGCUGUUUGUAGCCCUGAUGAUGCAUUUCUCACAACAACUGUCUGGAAUUAACGCUAUCUUUUAUUACUCCACAGCCAUCUUUGAGAGAGCAGGAGUCACUCAGCCUGUCUAUGCAACCAUUGGAGUAGGAGUUCUCAAUACCGUCUUUACCAUGGUGUCGGUGGCUCUAGUGGACAGGGCCGGCAGACGAACGUUGACUCUGAUUGGUUUAGGUGGGAUGUGUAUCUGUGCCGUCUCCAUGACAGUCGGCCUUGUGUACCUGAGUGUCUACUCCUGGAUGUCCUAUGUCAGCAUGUCGGCCAUCUUCCUGUUUGUGUGUUUCUUUGAGAUCGGCCCUGGUCCCAUCCCCUGGUUCAUCGUGGCUGAGUUAUUCAGUCAGGGCCCCAGGCCUGCUGCUCUAGCUCUGGCUGGCUGCACCAACUGGACCAGCAACUUCAUCAUAGGCAUGACCUUCCCUUACAUAGAGGCUCUGUGUGGUAGCUAUGUGUUCAUCCUGUUUGCGGUGCUGUUGUUUGGUUUCACUGUGUUCACUUACCUGCGCGUGCCGGAGACCAAAGGGAAGACAUUUGAGGAGAUAGCAGCUGUGUUUAAAAAGGGAAUGAAACAGACACCAGGAACCAGAAAGACUGGAACUGGUACUGGUACCUCCACCGAGCUGGAGCAGCUCAAAACAGACUCCCAGGCCUGACAUGCUCACUAACAUAUCUGAUUAGCUUAAUCUGGUGUGUUACCGCAGGGCUCGGAUAAUUAGCAUUGUGACAGAAUGUAAGUGAUGAUAGUCCUAAAUCCUGAUCGCCAUCUAGAUAGUUGUUUACUUCCAGGAACAACUCCUGACAUGACUAACUUUACAUAACUCAUACACAGGGCCCAGAAUGUUUCCUGCUCAGGAUAAAGCAGACAGAAAAACUCCUGGCUCUACUGUAUCAUUCAUGGUCAGUACAAUAGUGAGAAAGACAGGUGGUUUUGUUUCUAGAGGUUACAUGAUCUUGUUCUACCAUGCUCAAUGUGUAACUGACUGAAUGUAUUCACACAAGUUGAAUGUCAACAAAUGGCACUUUUUAGGACUACUAUUAAUAAAUUACUACAAAGACAGUGCAUGUGAAAUGACACACACACACACACACACACACACACACACACACACACACA